AUGGGCCUACACACUGAACCAUUGGAGCAGGAAGAUCAAGAGGCCAUAAUACUCGAUGCCAGAGCUGGCGACUUGGAAUCGCUCAAGAAUAUAUUUAGCACUUUAAUCAGUCCUAAACUACUCAUUACUUGCAGGGAGAGCGGGUCUAAUUCCACAGCUUUGCACAUGGCUGCAGCCAAUGGCUACAUAGAGACGGUCAAGUAUAUUCUAGAGACGGUUUCUCGCGAAAACAGUGUAGAAGAAUUGAAAGCCUUCAUCAAUGAGGCCAACGAAACGGGAAACACGGCUUUACACUGGUCCUCGUUGAAUGGCAAGUUGGACGUAGUAAAACUACUGUGUGACGAAUAUGAGGCUGAUCCCUUUAUCAGAAACAAGUUUGGCCACGAUGCCAUCUUUGAAGCUGAGAACAGCGGGAAGGAAGAAGUGGAGACAUACUUUCUAAAGAAGUAUGACGUCGAGCCGGAGGAUGACGAAGAUACACAGGCAGCGGGAGAGGGAUCCGUGCAGAUCACAAAAGGUACAGAAAUUGAACAAGUCACCAAGGAAGCCACUGAGGCUUUAAGAGAGGAAACCGAAAAGUUGAACAUAAAUGAGGAUUAG